AAAGCAUUAAUCUUGGUCAAAAAAUCGCAAACAUUUUCCUAUGACUGUCGACUUUGAUUAAACCAGCAGCAGUCUCCCGAUCAAUUCGCUUCGACUUUUAGUGAUGAAGCACCAUCUGGAGCCCACAUGUUUCGCUGGUUUUCCAAAUUUUCGGGGAACAAACCACUAAUCCACGGAGAAUAUGCGAAUCGAAUCCACACUUAUGCUUUGCGCCUUAGCCUUUAAUAUGUUUGUAAACAAAAAGCCAAAAAAAGAAAUAUAUUUUAAUAAAACAUUUUUUAGAUACUAUCUACGUUUGUUUAUAUGCGUAAUGCAAAGUGACCUACUGACUCCAGUUCAUAUUUUUGGCGCUAGAGGAAAUUUUCAGUCAGCCUCUGUCAGAGUUCUCAAUAAAACCCAAUAAAAACUAAUUCACUUUAAUUUCUGAUCCUACCUCGUAAUAUUGAGGAUUUAUUUUCUGGCUUUAAACACCUAUCUAAGCCAUUUUUUCUAAUCGAACUACAGAAUUUGUUUUAAAUAGAUGCUUUCAAACAAAACAAAAAUUCUGAGUGUUGUUUUCAAAUCGCAUUUUGAAAAGAUAAAAACAAAACGUACAAGUAGAUAUUGAUUUUAAAAAAAUACAAACAUGAUACCGAAAUACAAUUUUUCAUGAAAACGCAUAGUUUUGUUUAUAAAAUUUUGUUUCUACAAUGCGCGGUGGGAGGAAGCUAGCAAUAGAAAUCGAGCAAGAUCAGCUGUUCCCCGAAUCGCUGCCAGCUGAUCAUAAAAACAAACGAUAUCGUUUCCCAGUGAGUUCGCGGCUAGCUGACUGGUUUCGUUGCGCGUCAGAGUAGCUGUGGCGUCUUUCGCUUAUAUGUUAUUUUGGAUAAAUUCUCCUGUUGAUACUGACAGUUUCUUCGGGAAUAACGUAGUGUUACGUGAUUUCUGUGUACCUGGAAAGUGAUGCCAAGUACACCAAAACUAUUCCUCGUUGUUUGUAAACUUAUUGACGUUUUUUCCUUUGUUAAUAGAAACAGGUUCCCUUACCAUGCCGUCCUUGUUAGAAGCCCUUGAACAGAAGUAUGGUGAAAGUUCAACAGAUUCCGAUGGUUCUGAGGACGAAGGCAUAUCAGUGUCCAUAUUCGUGCCUUGCAAAUCUCCACGUGCUAUAGUUCCAGCUCUUUUAGUCCUUAACGACUGCGAUAUUGCCACUGCCGGAGAAAAAGAUGCCUUGGUUGCCAAAUGUGCGGGAGUUGAAGAACUCGAUUUGGCUAAAAAUAAAUUACAAGAAUGGCCCGAGGUUUUCGGUAUCUUAGAGCAAAUGCCCCGCCUUAAAUUCGUAAAUCUAAGUUUCAACGUCUUGUCAACACCUCUCCGUUCAGAAGUAGAACUGAAUAAAGAAACAAAAUGGCAGCAACUCAAAAAUUUAGUUUUGAAUUCAACGUACAUAAGUUGGGAGAGCGUACAAGAUAUUUUAGACCAUUUACCCAGCUUAGAGGAACUACAUUUAAGCCUAAAUGAAUAUAACGACGUUCGUCUCCACGAAAAGGAGUCGAAAAACUGUGAUACUACUAAAAACGAUAAUGAGUCACAAGAUGAUGCACAGUGCUCAUGUAUUAGCUACAAAUUAAAGCACAAACAUUCUAAAUUGAAGGUGCUCCAUUUCAAUGGGAAUCCAAUUGAAGAAUGGAAAGAGGUAACCAAACUCGGAUACGCUUUUCCUAAUUUAGAGACAUUAGUACUAGCAGAUUGUCCCAUUAAAAAUUUGGAUAUAAAUGGGGAGGAAAUCGUUGGUUCAAAUAUGAACUACGAUAGAUCGGAGAGUAAAUGUGAAUCGUGUACUGAUAGAGAUUCACCACACGAUAGUUUUAGAAAUUUAAGAAUUAUUAAUAUGAAUGCCACCAAUAUAUCGACGUGGGACGAUGUUGAGAGGCUGGCGAAAUUUCCUGCUUUAGAAUGUGUUCGAAUUCAGGCUUGUCCGUUAUGGGAAAGCAAUGAAUACACUGAACAUGAACGGAGACAAUUACUUAUCGCAAGGCUUCCAAACGUAAAAAUGUUGAAUGGCGGUGGAAAAAUCACUGCUGAAGAAAGGGAAGAUGCCGAAAGGGCAUUUAUUCGAUACUAUAUGGACAAACCCGAAAGCGAUCAACCUGAAAGAUACUUCGAACUCAUUCAAAUCCACGGUAAAUUGGAUCCUUUGGUGAAUGUCGACUUGAAACCGGAAAAAAGAGUCAAAGUCAAUUUUAUAUGUGGUGAUGUAAGCGAAAUGAGAUCAUUGGAUCUAUUUAGAACCGUAUGGGACUUGAAGGUGAAAUUAGAAGGAUUCGCUGGAUUUUCCGCUUCUAAAAUGAGACUUUUUUAUGUCGACCAGGAUUUGCGAGAUAUACAGGGGCCGGAGUUGAUGAAAUUUCCCAACAAGCGAUUAUACAGUUAUAAUAUUCGUAAUGGAGAUGAAAUAAUAAUAGACUGUAAAAAGAAACCUAGUGAAUCUAAGUGAAUAACUUGAAAUUAAGCUGUGGUUUAAAACCAAAUGAGAUUGUGUUUAUUAAUCAAAUAUCGAUUAAAUAGACCUUAACUUGAAAGACUUGACAAUAUUCUAAAUCUGAAAGCCGAAAAUGAGUAAAAACGACAAGGCUUUAACUGAAUUUCAAUAUGAUUCUGUAAAAAUUGGAAUAAUAAACUCGAUAACAAUCCAUAAACUUUUCAGAUAACCCUUGUAUAGGGACAACUGGUUGAUUAAAAUUGAAAAAAUAUUUUCUAGAAUAUUCACUUUUCAAUUUGAUAUUUCCGGUUUCUAUUUUUUCUGAAAACUUAAUUGAAGAGAAUUUGAUUUAUCCUGUAAAGAAUUUACUAACUGGGUUAGUCAAAACUGUUGCAUAUUGUUAAUCCUUUUGUGUUCCAACAUUAAAGUUUACCAUUGUGUAUAUGUAAAAAAAGGUCACUAAUUAAAAUUGAUUAUUUUGAUAGAAGGAUAUUAGUAUAAUUUGGUUUCAUAACAGAUUUUGUACAAGGUGUUGGUAUAUAGUUCAUGCAGUGUUCAUUUUUUAUUAAAAAGAUAGCAGUGAUGCAAUCAAUCGUCCUACUGAAUUGGUACCGCAUAGGAAACUUUUUUAUAUGCAUUUUAAGGUUAAAAAAUGCUGUAAAAUCGUUGGGAAUAAUUUUUUUCGUUCGUAAAAUGAAUUUUACUCAAAGAUAAAGAAUUAUUAAGGUUAACAAAAUCAAAACGGCUAUAAAAGAAUGAUCAGGACUAAAAUUGCAAAAUGAUAUCGAACAUUUGAUUCUAUUUGUCACUAAUUUUCCUAUUAUGUAUGAUAUGGGUAGUUUCCAGUUCUAGUCAACUUUUUUAAUCGAAAUUGUCAAGUACGAGGAUGAUCCCAAAAGUACCCAUCCUAACGAAGAAAACACAAAAAUUUUUGGAAACAUAUAUUUAUUUUUUUAUAAUAAAAAUCGUCAAUCUCCUCAAAAUAACCAUUAACUGCGUACAUCACCUCUUCAUUGGUGGAAGAUGUUUGAUCACCGAGUCUGGGAACAGAAAAUAAUCCGAAGAGACUAAAUUUGGCGAAUAGGGUGCAUGAGGUAGCAAAUCAAACUUCAAUUCAUUAAUUUUGGCAAUUGCAAUAACAGAUGUGUGAGCUGGAGUUGUCUUUAUGAAACAUUUCAUUAUUUACCAAAUGCAGCCGUUUUUGAUUGAUUUCUUCGCUCAAACGUUGCAAUAAAUUCGCAUAAUACUAGUCGUCGAUAGUUUUUCCUUUCUCAAGUUAGUCAAUGAAAAUUAUACCACGCCCUUCCCUAAAAAUCGACACCAUGACCUUGCCUACAAAUGUAACGGUCUUUGCCUUCUUUGGAGUCGGUUUUUCCCUUUUCAGUCCAUUGUUUUGUUUCGUGUGUAAAGUGAUGGACCCACGUUUCUUCCAUGAUUAAGAAACGACGCAAAAAUUCGAUUUUAUUUCCGUAAAAAAUUGUCAAACAUUCGGUGGAAACAUUUUUACGACGCUGUUAUUGUUCCAUUGUGAGCAAAAUAUUUUACUGUUGAUAACGAAGUAGCAGUCUCACCCAGAGAAGAAUCUAGUUCAGAUUUCAUAUUGAUUGGGCUAAAGCAUUUCAAAUAAAAGUAUUGUAUCACAUAACGAUAACCAAUUUCACUGAAAACGUUCACUAUUGAUGGCUGCCAAACAAAUAUUAAACAACGUGACGUCUUCUAACUUGAACAUAUGCUGUAUAGAUUGUGUACUUUCUAAUACAAGCAACUACCGCCAUCUAUAGAUCGGGUCGGGUACUUCAGGGACCGUCCUCGUAUAAUUAUUGUCAGGUAUUCACUGACCACUUUUUUUUGUUCAUUCCACUUAGCUUUGUUGUUUUCAUUUUUAUACCGGUCACAAAAUAUUAAAUGAAAUUUGCCGUUAGGUAUUUGUUUAAAUUACUUAUGGAAUUUUUGUUGGAGGCAGCCAUGAUGAUAACAAAAUGAACCAUUAAUAUUGACUGAAUUCAUUACCAAUUUGGAGUGUGACUAUUUUCAAAAAUAAAAAAAAUUUUGGCGGCACCUCAUUAGAAAGUAAUUCCAAAUUUAUGUUUUAUAGUACAUCCAGAUAGUGAGUUUCCCUAUUAAAAAAGCCCCACACCUUCAGAAUUUUUCAACAUACCUCCACCAGAAUUGAAGUAUAUCAACUUUUUUAUCCUUCUGUCGACUGUGAAUGGAACCAGCAUGUGACAGAUAACUUUUCCAAAACCCUCUCUACAUGAUAAGAAUUUCUUAAGGUGGAAUAAGACGUGAAAAUCGCCGAGAGCAAGAUCAUGGUUGUAGGAUGGAUGAUUAAAUAACUUCAAUCCAUAUUUUGUUAAAACGGCUGCUGUGUAUCGAGCACAACACAUUAAACGCUUUUUGUUUUGCACGUCGCAAUGUCUUAUCACCUACCGAAGAUCACUCGAGAAGGAAUAACAGAUUCCCUUUCAGAUCAUUGCUAGCAUGUUACGGUACGAGGACCUGUUCUACAUGUGCAAUUGACACACCUAAUUACAUAAGAGGAAAAACCAACCAACUUGUGGUUGUAGUUCUUUUUCCGAUUUAGGUUCCUGGUGGUGGUUGUAAUUUUGUCAAUAUUAUCUAUCUUUGCAAUAUUUUUUAUCUCAUGCUACUUCGUUUCUUAUUUAUGCCCCAAUAAUUUCUCAGUCAUGUGUAUUUUAUCCUCAAUUAACCGUUCUACUUAUUUUACUUUUUUCAGUUCAUUAUCAAAUGCAGUGGAAAAUAAUUAUUGUUUUUAAGACACACAAAGAAUGUAAAAACGAUUUUGGUGUUGCUCUAAACUUUAAAAAUUUGGUGAUGUUCAUAAAGGAAUGAAUAACUGUGAUAUAUGUUAUAAAAAUUUUGGGAAUAACUAUACCGAUCAAUUUUGCUUUGAAAAUUAAAACAAAAAUGAGAUAAUUACCAACAAUAUGAUUAAACCUAAUGUAAAUAUUGAAUAAUUUUAAGGCAGCUUUAAGCUAUUUUCAAUGAAAAUUAUAUAAUGUUAAAAAUAUUGGUGCCAAUAAAAAAUAUAUAUGC